UAGGAACACGCUCCACACCCUCCCUGCCCCAAUUUCUCAGAGAAUCCUUUUGUUGCAUCAUGAAGCUCCUCCUGAGAAAAUAGUUUCAAAUUUGUCGUCACUCCAAACACGUCUUCUCCACCUCUGACUUCUUCCCCAAACUUUUUCUCCUUAAAAUAAAAAGUAGACAGUCCAAGUAAGAAAGUUCUCAAAACCACGCAGUUGCUUGCUCCUAACAGUAAAAAUCUCUUCUUUUUCUCAUUCCAAGAAUUAACAUUGUUUAUCUUCACUCUCAAAAACAACAAAUCAUCAUCACCACCAUCCAAAGUAGAAAAGUCGUUACUCAGAUUCAAUAACUCCUCAAACAUAUUUGUACAAAGACGGGUUCCUUCAUUAUAAUGACGACCAAUACAAGAACAAUUACCUAAGCAUCGCUUUGUGCAGGUGUCCAUAGUUCCAGUGAAUGACACAGUUCUUGCUCCACCAUAUCUCAUUGUCCUAAUUUGUUUAAACCCACCAUUGUAACUACCACAUGUAUCAUUAUGGAGGCUACAACCGCCAGAAAGUCUCCUACACGCCAAGAAUCAUCAUCCUGUGGUUCAAACCCCAUAAUACAUUUGCAUGGACUCAAAGCAGAAUUAGUGUCACAAAAUCUCAUAUUCCCACAAAAUCCAUAAAUCAAACAUGGGUUCUGAGGUAUUGACCAGAACAUGUUCCCAUUCUCAGUCUCGAGAUACCAUGUGUACUGCUUAAGUUGCCGGGUGUGGUCCAGAUGGAAACGAGUCAUCAUCCCAUAUUCUAUUGUAGCCUCAGAGUACCCCAAGGAUGCCAUUGGAGUGAAAGGUCAGAAAAAUGUGGAAUAUUUAAUGUAAGAAAGAUUAGUUAUCUCAAAGACUGAAGCAAAGGCUUUUCUAGUCCAGUUUCCAUAGCACUAAUAGGUAUUGUUAACAUUAUUGUCAUUAUACACCAUAGUCAACUCACCGUAUGUCGGAAGCAAGAUCCAGUGAGAAUACCUUCCCUACGAUGGGUCGUUGGAGCCUUUCCAUGAAGUAAGCCGGUUCUGAGCUGUCAGGUUCAUGCCCGGAAGCCACUUGUCUAUCCGGAAAUCAAUGCUUUACCAAAUGAACACUUCUUCACUAUCAUAAACCAUCAGAUUCCCUUCCUCCAUGAGUUUCACUCCACUAGCGUUUUCGGUGUUUCCGUUCAUUUCCCAAACAACUGAACCUUCUUCAUCACUUUUCAGAACUAACUUCCUUUCAUGUUUGGUUAUCUCCAGCCUAGCCCAUGAUAGAUUCUUGAUUGGUUUCUCUCUAUUUGCCCCCCCCCCCCCCCCAAACAUAGGUUGGAGUGGGAAUUGAAGCAUACCAUAUGUCCAAAUACCAACUGGAUUGAUUGUCAUCUGUGUUGAAACAUCCCAACACGAAUGUCUUCUUCUCACUGAGUAUCUUUUCAUACCCAUUCAACACAACACCUGAUUUUUGCAAAAAAAAAAAAAUGAUCAUUUCCUCUAUCAAAAUAAAAUAAACCUGGAUUACGAUCGAAGAGCUCUUCAAUCGUAAUCCAGAUUUUUUCCAUCUUGAUAGAGGAAGGAUCAUUUUUUGCUAAAGAGUGUUGUGUUGAAUAUGUAUGGUAAGAUAUUCAGUGAGAAGAAGACGUUCGUGCUGAGCUUCUUCAGCACAAAUGACAACCAAUCUAGUUGGUAUUUGGGCAUAUGGUAUGCUUCAACUCCCAAUCCAACCUAUGUUUGGGUGGCAAAUAAGGAGAAACCAAUUAAGAAUCUAUCACGGGUUAGGCUAGAGAUAACCAAACCUAGAGGGAUGUUAGUUCUGAAAAGUGGUGAAGAAGGUUCUUUUGUUUGGAUAACAAACGGCAGCCUGAGAACGUUAGUGGAGUAAAGCCCAUCGAGGAAGGGAAUCUGGUGGUUUGUGAUAGUGAAUGAGUGUUCAUUUGGUAAAGUUUUGAUUUUCCGACAGACACGUGGCUUCUAGGCAUGAACUUGACAGCUCAGGCCCACUUACUUCAUGGAUAAGCUCCAGCAACCCAUCGCAUGAAAGGUAUUCUCACCAGCUCCUGCUUUCGACAUGCGAUGAGUUGACUCUAGUGUAUAAUCACAUCAAUGUUAACAAUACCUAUUGGUGUUCUGGAAAUGCCUUUGUAGGAGGAGUCCUUGAGAUGAUUAAUAUACCUUAGAUUAAAUAUUUCACAUUUACUCGACGCGUUUACUACAAUGGCAUCCUUCAGGUACUCUCAGGCUACUAUAGAACACAAGGUAAUGACUCGUUUCCAUCUGAACCACACCGAGCAACUUAAGCAGUACACAUGAUAUCUCAAGACUGAGAAUUGGCACAUGUUUUGGUCAAUACCUCGGAACCAAUGUUCAGUUUAUGGAUUUUCCAAGAAUAAAGGAUUUUGUGACACUAAUUCUGCUUUGAGUCCAUGCAAAUGUAUUAGGGGUUUGAGCCGCUGGAUGAUGGUUCUUGAAGUGCAGGAGACUUUUCUAGUGGUUGCAGCCUCCCUGAUGAUACAUAUAUUAAUGGCAAUGGUGGGUUUUAACAAGUCGGGACCGCAAGUUAUGGUGGAGCAAGAACGGUGUCUUUCACUAGAACUAUGGACACCCGCAAAAACCGAUGUUUGGGUAAAUUCUCUUCUAUUAGUCUUCAUUAUAAUGAAGGAACCCGUCUCUGUACAAAUAUCAGGGAGUUGUUGAAUGUGAGGAACGACUAUUCUACUUCAAAUGGUGGUGAUGAUUUGAUGUUUUUGAGAGUAAAGACAGACAAUGUUAAUACAUGGAAUGACAAUAAGAAGAAAAGAUUUCUAUUGAUAGGAGAAAACAAUUGUGUGUUUUAUAACUUUCUUACUUGAACUUUCCACUGUUUUUGUUUUAAGGAGAAAAUUUCUGUGGAAGAAAUCAAAGGAAGACAUGUUUGGAGCGGCGUAAAAUUUGAAACUAUUUUCUCGUGAGUAGCUUCAUUAUGUAACGAAGGUAAAGAGCUAAGGCAGGGCGGGUGUGGAGCCAUGCUUUCUAGGUUGGCCAACUAUGCGACAGUGAGGAGUUCAUGGGGGCUCUGUUGCGAAGACACUCACAAUUUUUAGUUUACGAUUGCAUGCCAAACGGUCCUCUCAGCGCAUACUUACACGAGGCAGUAAAGCGCUACCUUGAGAUGUCCAAUUAUGGGUUGACGUUGUGAGAGGAAUCGCCUACUUACACGAGGAUUGUUGGAGCUGUAUCGUACACGGUGACAUCAAACGGGAGAAUAUUCUCUUGAAAGGAGAUUUCCCGGCAAAGGUUUCAGAUUUCGGGUUGGCGAAGCUCUUGUGUGGGGACCCUCAGCACAUUGUUGGGGACGAUGGGAGGGACUCAGGAUAUGUUGCACCGAAGGUGGUCUCUUCGUCAGAAAUCACCACUAAAGCUGACAUAUACAGCUAUGGGAUGACCAUGCUCGAGCUGAUCAAUGGAAGGCGCAAUGUGGAGGGCCUGUCGCCUCCUUCCGAUGAGGAUGAGGGUGAGAAGUAGUUUUUCUCUCCGUGGUUGGCAUAACAAAUAAUAGAAGGGAACAUUGCAGUAGUUGUGUAAUUAUUCGAAUAAAUUUGUAUUUAAAAAACAUACCAUCGGGUGCGGAAAUAAAUUUAUAUAUAAAGUUCGGGGUAUAUGUAUUACAUAUGCAAGUUUGAAGUACUUAUCGGCGGAGUGAAUUUGCUUUGUUUAUAAGUGAAGUGGAUAUUUAGAUAAAAUGUAUUUAUAGGAUGCCCAAAAAUUUUCUUUUUUAUUGUGGAAACCCUAGUAGUAUUGGGCUUAGCCCAUUUUGUAUAUCUUGUAUAGGAAACCCUAGCACUCUAAAUAUAGCUAUAAAUAUAGCUUCUUGUAUAGGAUUUCAUAGGAAGUAUAAUGAAUACAAUCUUAUAUUUCACAUGGUAUCAGAGCCUAUACGGCAAAUAUAGUUAGCUAGUUAGCCUUAUAAACUGCCGCUCCGAAUCCGGACAGAAGUUCAGGCCAUAAUUUCCGGCGUGAAUAGUGGUCGCAACUCACUUGAGUGCUUUUGGUAGUGAUACAAGCCUACCAUCGUGCUCAACUCUACAUAGCGACUUACCGCCGGAAGUUUCGCUGCCGCUGCCUCACCCACGCGCCGCCGUCGGUCGCUGAAAGUCCGCACCUGCAGGUACACAUCUUUGCAGAUCUGCUCCGUCUUAGUCAUCUGCGAGCGACACCGACGGGUUUUUCAGAUACCUAGGUCCCUGACGACCUAGACCAGUCAGUCCGGUCCGCCGCCGCUUCCACACGCGCCGCCGCCGCUUCCACGCGCGCCGCCGCCGCCGCUUCCACACGCGCCGCCGCCGUUGACCGCCGUCUCCCUGUGUCGACGCUCGCCGCAGCCGCCCUGCAGUCUCCCUGCGCCGUCGUCCGCACCUCCCAAAGAAGAUAGAGGUCUGUUUUCUUCAUCCUUGUGUAGCUACAGUGCUUCAACCUGCUGCCUUCAACCUGCUGCCUGGGAAACCUUACGGCUGCUUCACUUCAAUUUAAUUGCAGUUGCACUACUUUAAAUAUUUUAUUUUUUGCUUCUCUUUAAAAAAAAAACAAAAAAAAAAAACAACAACAAAAAAAAAAAGAAAAAAAAAAGGAAAAAAAAAAUGUCUUUUAUGAAUUGAGCCCAUCGUGGCCACGCCCGUUGAUUCCCCUAUGACGGAUCCUGCAUCACCACCAUCACCUACUCCAGCACUUGACACCACUCAGGAUAAUUUGCCAAUUGCUCUCCGAAAAGGUACGCGUUCCACAUUGAAUCCACAUCCCAUAUAUAACUUUUUGAGUUAUCACCGCCUCUCUACGCCUUACUAUGCCUUUAUUUCCCACCUAUCUCAUAUAUGCAUUCCUAAAACCACACAUGAGGCACUGGCACACCCGGAGUGGCGUAAAGCCAUGUUGGCUGAGAUGGAGGCUCUCCAUACUAGUGGGACAUGGGACUUAGUCCCCCUUCCCACUGGCAAAUCAGUGGUGGGAUGUCGGUGGAUUUACACGGUUAAAGUUGGGCCUGAUGGGGAGAUUGAUCGUUUUAAAGCACGCCUUGUGGCGAAAGGGUAUACUCAGAUAUAUGGCUUGGAUUACACUGACACUUUUUCUCCUGUAGCGAAGAUUGCAUCAGUUCGUUUGGUUUUAUCCAUGGCAGCAAUGAGCCGCUGGCCAUUGUUCCAAUUGGAUAUUAAAAACGCAUUCCUUCAUGGAGAUCUGCACGAGGAAGUUUAUAUGGAGCAACCACCUGGAUUUGUUGCUCAGGGGGAGUCUGGUAUGGUGUGCAGAUUACGUCGUUCAUUAUAUGGCUUGAAGCAAUCUCCACGUGCAUGGUUUGGGAGGUUCAGUGCCGUUGUUUGCAGCUUUGGCAUGAUUCGCAGUGAUGUUGAUCAUUCUAUAUUCUACAGACAUUCUGCUGGCAACAAAUGUAUUUAUCUUGUUGUGUAUGUUGAUGACAUUGUCAUUACAGGUAGUGAUGAUCAAGGAAUUGCGCUCCUCAAGCAACAUCUGUUUAGCAAAUUUCAAACAAAAGACUUGGGAAAGUUGAGAUACUUCCUUGGCAUUGAGGUUGCACAGUCUCAAGAUGGAAUUGCUCUCUCACAAAGAAAGUAUGCCUUGGAUAUUCUUGAGGAAACAGGUUUGCUAGAUUGCAAGCCAGUGGAUACACCAAUGGAUCCGAACGUUAAACUCUUAUCAGAACAGGGAGAUCUUUUGCCCAACAAGGAAAAAUAUAGAAGACUCAUCGGAAAAUUGAAUUAUCUUACCAUCACGAGACCAGAUAUUUCAUUUGCGGUAAGUGUUCUUAGCCAGUUUCUUGAUAAGCCAUGUACUGGACAUUGGGAUGCAGCUAUUCGAGUUUUGAGAUACAUCAAGAAAAAUCCAGGGCAAGGAUUGUUGUUUGAAGAUCGAGGCCACCGUGAUAUUGUGGGAUACUGUGAUGCAGACUGGGCCGGAUGUCCGAUGGAUAGACGUUCCACUUCGGGAUAUUGCAUCUUGAUUGGUGGAAACUUAAUUUCAUGGAAAAGUAAGAAACAGGAUGUGGUUGCCAGAUCUAGUGCUGAAGCAGAAUAUCGUGCAAUGGCCCUUGCUACCUGUGAAAUCUUAUGGUUGAACCAUCUCCUCCAAGAGUUAAAAUAUGGAAACACAAAACCGGCUCAACUCAUGUGUGAUAAUCAAGCCGCAAUGCACAUCGCAUCAAAUCCGGUAUAUCAUGAGAGGACAAAACAUAUUGAAGUUGAUUGUCAUUUUAUCCGAGAGAAGAUCACCAGUGGACAUAUCAUCACAAAAUAUGUGAACACAACUGAACAACUUGCAGAUAUUUUAACUAAGUCUCUUAGAGGUCCUAGAGUGGAAUAUAUUUGUAACAAGCUUGGUACAUAUGAUUUAUAUGCUCCAGCUUGAGGGGGAGUGUGGAAACCCUAGUAGUAUUGGGCUUAGCCCAUUUUGUAUAUCUUGUAUAGGAAACCCUAGCACUCUAAAUAUAGCUAUAAAUAUAGCUUCUUGUAUAGGAUUUCAUAGGAAGUAUAAUGAAUACAAUCUUAUAUUUCACAUUUAUUACCCCUAAAAUUUUGUCACUUUCACUUUUAAGCUAUUAAUUUGUUAUUUUUUGUUAUGCCUCUACAUACUUUUACCACAUAAUUAGCCAAAUGCAUGAUCGUAAACUAAACCGGUUCUAUGUUGUAAAUCGAGGUAUAAUACUUUACAAUCCCCUCUUGUCCAUUCCUCUCAUAUACUACGUAAUAUUUUGCUAACCUCUAUUACUCAAGAUAACGACGAAACUGGAGAAUAAGGUCGACACAGAAUAUAGCGAUGAAAAUUAAGGUACAACAAGGAGGUACGCAUAGAGUAUAACGAUGCGUAUAUAAACUUUAGAAAUCACUGGCUAAAGGUCGACACAGAAUAUAACGAUGAAAAACUGGUUCUAUGCUGUAAAUCGAGGUCAAUGCAGAAAAUGCGCAUAGAGCUUUUUAGCCGGUGAUUUCUAAAGUCGGAAUUUUUUUAAGUUUACGACUGUGCGCGGUGAUCCCACUGAUCCAGGUCAUUUCACGAUCUUUAGCAGACACGGGAUCACAUGACAUCGUAGGAAGCAUUUCAGAUCGUGCAAUUGUACGAUCCUAUGCACAUUUUAACUCCAUCCUAUUGCAUUUUGCAUGGUAGAUAAAAUUGUGAAAUAACUCCAUUUUUUUUUUAUCUUUGGUGACUCUGUCUUUGGGCUUAUCAGUAAACAUUUUAACCAAACACGUAACUUUUAUUUCACGCGCUGAAUUGUGUAAUAGUAAAGAAAAGGUAAGGUUGAAGUUAUUUAUAGCUAUAUUUUUUUCUUUAAUUUAUUAAUAAAAUAUAUUUUAAAUAUAACUUUUUCAUAAAUCCGCAGAAUCGGCUAAUACAGCCACUUGAGCAAGAAUUUCAUAAAUUCAGCAGAAUCAACCACUUCAGCCGAUUUCAUGUUACCACACACGCUCCAAGUCUUUUAAAAUUAAAAAGUUAAAACUUCAAUAUUGAAAAAAUCAAAGAACUAAAAUUAAAAAAUAAUGGAUUUAAAAAGUAAAAAAAUUAAUUUUUUUUAAAAUUUGAAAAACAUAAAAAUUUAAAUUGAAUAAAUGAAAAUUUUAAAAACUGUAAAUAGAAUAACUGAAAAACUAACAAAAUUGUAUAUUCGUAAAACUGAAAAAUAAAGAGUUGAAAACUGAAAAACCAAAAAAUUGAAAAUCAAAAAAUGAAUAAAAAAAUUACAAAGUUAUAAAUUUAUAAUACGGACUUAUGAACUUAGAUAGUAAUGUGUGGGAGUUUACACCACACAACCGUGAUUCCCAAUUAGUGAUUCCCAUUUUUUUUACCAAAGUUUUCAGAUUCAUAUGACAGAGACUUUUUGUCUCCUUCAUAUUGUAUGACAGAUACAAUAUAGCUUUUUGCUGCCUGGCAAGCAGCAUUUACAGUAAUUCAAUUUACUCUUUAAGAGUAGGAAUUAAAGAAAGAGGACACAUGACUGAACAAGCGAAUGAACCUGAUCUAUUUAAUCAUUGGUGGCAUGUUCAUCACUGUUUCCUUCAGUUCCCACAUCUGUAAAGGCAUCUUUUUCUUCUUGAGAAACUGAACUGGAUGAUUCAUUUGGAUUCUUGUUUUCGAGCAAUUCUUCAUUUCCAAAAUUUAAUGAAUCUGUUGAUCUGUUUUCAUCCAAAUUGGUAGUUAUUUCAUCAUCAAUUGACGCUUCGACUGUUUCUUCUGUAUCAGUAUUAAUAGAAUCACCGAUCUCUUCCCCUCCAGUUGAAUCUGUGCUAUCACUUAGUCCAUCAGCUGAGGCUUCUGAAAUUGUCCCAUUCAUCAUGAAAUAGUUGAGUUUGAAUCAUCUAUGAUUUUCUCAUCACUUUGAAUACAGCUCUCACCAUGUUCUUCCUGCUUUUCAUCUCUUGAUUUACUGUCAUUGUUUUCCGCAACUUGAGCAUCCUUAUGUUCACCUCCAUUUUCAUUUGUUUCCUCGUCUCCAUCCUCUUUGCUUCCACUGUUCUCUUCUUCACUUCCAUUUUCCACUUCUGUCUCCUUGUCUGUCCCAUCUUCACUACCAUUCUCAUUCUUUUCUUCUCCGGCAUCAUCAUUAUCUGCCGUUUCUUUCUCCAAAUCUUUGUGUUCCAUAUCUCUCUCUCCCUCACUUCCAGUUUCCUCUUCUUCAUCCUUUUGCACCUUUUCUUCUAUAGUUUCCUUACCUUCAUUGCUUUCUGCCUCUGAGUUAUCUUCUGCUUUUACAUCUCCAUCAUUAUUUGGCUCACUUUCAUCUUCCACCUCUUCAUCUGGAUCAUCAUUGUUUGUUAAACCUUCAACAUCUUCUUCAUCAGUUUGAGGUUUAAGGAAUUUCCUUCCCAGGUUUAAGAUACAAUUACCAGUCUCCGCCUUCUCAGAGAGGCUAGUUGAUUCUCCAGAUGCUUCUUUCUUAUUAGUGGAGGAGUGCUGGACUUGAUAAAGCAGCCAAAUGCAAACGCCUACCAGUACACAUAUCUGAAGAGCAUGCUUCACUUUGAAGCCAUUGUUUUUGUUGUUCCUCCGUGGAAACAGCUUGAACAUGAUUAUUUGUCUCGUGCAGCCUUCUAGAUACGAUUUGCAAACAUUUUCACAAUACAAAUGAGUACAUUAUGGGCGUAAAUACUAUGUGUGCAAAUGGUAAACUUGUUUCGGCGAAGGUGAACGAAUUAUUGAGAACUAAAGGGACGGUUAGAGCCUUGAUGUCUUUCAUCUGGAAAGGGUACAUUCAUUCUAAGUUCUCUUUUACCGUUUGGUUGGCUUUUCGGAACCGAUUACCAACGCAAGAUAACCUCUCUUACCUCAACAUGGCAAACAAUUGUGACCUUUGCAAGGGUGGUUUGGAAACAAUACCACACCUUUUCUUUGUUUGUUAUCUUUCUUGCAGGAUAUGGACUAGAAUUAAAUAUUGGAUUGGCAUGGAGCAACAAAUGAGCACACCGGUGAGUGUGGUCAAAUGGAUUAGAAAGAAGCAUAGAGUGGGUGCACUUAUCUGGUCAAAGACAGUCGGAUUAGCAUUUUGUGCUACUAUUUAUUGGAUUUGGCAAGUGAGGAACACUUUCUGUUUUUAGGAUAACUCAAAGACUGAAGAUGAAGUCAUUGCAAAAAUUAAACAUGUGGUUACAAAAUACUUUAUAGUAUCUGUCUGUUCGAGAUGAUUAGAUUUUAAUUUUUGGUGAUAUCAAGCUCUUUGGUGUGCCAUGGGCUAGUGAUGUUUAGAUAAACUUUAUGUGUUACAAAAUACUUUAUAGUAUCUGUCUGUUCGAGAUGAUUAGAUUUGAAGCACCGAUUGUUAGGUUUUGGUUUUGCUGGUUUAGCUUGCCAUUUUUAUGG